AUGGUGCAGGUUCCUGCAUCACAGCUUCAAGCUGAUUUGGUUGAGUGGUGGCAGCGAGAUGGAGAACAGCUACUCUUUCGUAGCAACCCUGAGGAAGAGAACGGGGAGAAGGAUGCUAGCGCAGAGUUCGUGGUUGGCGAUGAGUCAGAUGGAGACAGUGAGGAGGACAGCGACCCAGUGGUCAACUUGGAUGAGGAUGAUGCUGCGAGUGCAGCAGUUGAACAUGCAGAAGUGCACAUGGCAGCCGCCAGGGAAAUUGAUGAUUUGAAUCAGAAACUUCAAGACACUGCCAAGGUCAACUUGGAGGAGCGCUUCGGCAUGGUGACUCAUGACUUGCAAGAAUCCCAAAUUUUGCCUGAUCCAUGUGAGGGCAAUGAUCCGAAUGAUCGUAUCAUCCUGCGGCCUGACAGAACUUUGGGCGGCUUGUUGCAAAGUGCUGAUGUUGCAAGCGAGUCAGAUGGCAGGCUGCAAGAGCACGGUCGGCACGGUGAUGGGGAACUUGCCGCUGUGGAUCGCGGUUGGAAACUGAUGCCGAUCAUCAUGAAGUUUAUGGUUCAGGCCCGCCAUGCAGAGAAGGCACUGUCUUUGACGCAGAUCACAGGUGUCAGCCAGGGGCUGAAUACAUGGAAUGCCAUGCAGCACGAGGUUUCUCUGGCUCGACGUGCAUACAUUGCGAACACAGCCCGUCAGUCUCGCAGUGCGCUACGGAUGAACUUCCAAAGGCGGGUCCAGCACCAGCUCGGUCAGCAGCUUGCCGAGCAGGCCACAACAGAUCAUCGAGAUCAUGUCCAAGUGGUCAAGAACUUCAUUCCCCCAUGUAUCACGGACAGCCGCGGGGUGAGAAGAUACCAAGUCUUGGUCAUCCGCUUGCAUCGAAGUGAUUCUGUCAAGCUGGCCCUGGUGUUGGAUGUCUUCCGAGGGAUGAAGAAGGGUGAAAAGCGGUUUGGUAGCAGAAUCACUUCGACUGCAAUGCCGGCAGAGCUAGUCACUCGACUUCAUGUACUCUUGCUGGUACCUCCAGCUGUGCCGGAUGAGCAGCCCUCUCAAGUUUGGGGGACACCGGCUGGGAUGGCUGUCAUUGUGGAUCCUCAUGACCAAGAGGGGCUCAUCUUGGGGGAAGUUUGCAAUGACAAGCUGAACAUCCAGGAAUCCUCCCACAUUCUGAAGAUAUCCUUUGGCAAGGAGAAAAGCAUCUCUGCACUUCGAAAGGGGCAUUCAUCUUUGUCCGCAUGCCAAAGUACUCCCGACCGGCAGAUCAGCACGGUCCUGUUCACUGUAGAAUCAUUUGGCGGCUUGAAUUCAUACAGCGACAAUCAGCGUCAGAACAUAGUUGCAUACAUGAAGGAGUUGGCGUCCUUGUGUGCAAAGGCAGGGUUCUCGUUGCUGGACCAGCAGGGCCAGGUGAAAGUGAAGGGCCACCGCACGCUCUAUUCUGAGCUGUGUUUGCGAACACCGUCCUGUCUCCUGGCCAGGUGGAAGAAGAUGGCGAAGGGUGCAGGUGGGAAAUUUGGUUCCUGCAAUAGUUUCGGUGAAUACGUCCUCGUGACUUUCCGCCGCCUACUACCUUCAGUGGGGGCAGCCGCUAAGGGAGCGGUGGAUCCUAGCUCCAGCUUGCGCCAGUUUCUUGUUGAAGUUGACCAGGAAGCGCUUCCUGUCUUGCGGGGCCGGGGAGCAUGA